UGCGCGGGGCAGGACGGCCGCUGCCGGGGGCACCGCAUCCGCCGGGCGGAGGAGUGCGCCGAGGAGCUUCGGAACAAGAUUGUGGACCAGUGUGAGAGGCUGCAGCUACAGAGUGCUGGCAUCACCAAGUAUGUAGCUGAGGUCCUGCCAGGGAAGAACCAGAGAGCAGUGAACAUGGCUAGUGCAGCGAGGGAACUGGUGAUCCAGCGGUUGGGUCUGGUGAGGAGUCUGUGUGAGAGCGAGGAGCAGCGGUUACUGGAACAGGUGCAUGGAGAAGAGGAGCGGGCCCACCAGAGCAACUUGACACAGCAGGUCCACUGGGCCGAGGCACUGAAGAAGCUCGACAGCAUCCGCACCAGCCUGGUGGGCAUGCUCACCCAUCUGGAUGACCUCCAGCUGAUUCAGAAGGAACAGGAGAUUUUCGAGAGGUCCGAGGAAGCAGAGGGCAUUUUGGAUCCUCAAGAGUCAGAAAAGUUAAACUUUAAUGAGAAGUGCACUCAGAGUCCCCUACUGACCCGACUCUGGGCGACAGCCGUUCUCGGAUCCCUCUCAGGCACAGAGGAUGUGCGUAUUGACGAGAGGACCGUCAGCCCCUUUCUGCAAUUGUCAGAUGAUCGAAGGACCCUGACCUUCAGCGCCAAGAAGUCCAAAGCUUGUGCGGAUGGCCCAGAGCGCUUUGACCACUGGCCCAAUGCCCUGGCUGCCACCUCCUUCCAGGCUGGGCUCCAUGCCUGGAUGGUGAACGUCCAGAACAGCUGUGCCUAUAAGGUGGGCGUGGCCUUGGGCCAGCUGCCCCGCAAGGGUUCUGGCAAUGACUGCCGCCUGGGCCACAACACUUUCUCCUGGGUCUUCUCUCGCUAUGACCAGGAGUUCCGUUUCUCACACAACGGGCAGCACGAGCCCCUGGGGCUGCUGCGGUGCCCAGCCCAGGUGGGCGUGGUGCUGGACCUGCAGGCCCAGGAGCUGCUCUUCUAUGAGCCGGCCUCAAGCACAGUGCUCUUCACCUACCACGCGUCCUUCCCUGGGCCCCUCUUCCCAGUCUUUGCUGUGGCCGACCAAACCAUUUCCAUCAUGCACUGAUCUCUGGCCCAGGUCCACUUACCCACCUUCCUCUCAGGCCAUGUUUCUACCCAGUGCCCUGUCCCCAAAUGAAGGCUUUCUAAGACAAAUAGGGCCAUGCCCAAAGUUUCAGAUAUGGGUACCAGGUAUCUCUGGGGAACUGCUACUCCAAGGCCUUAGUCUCCUAGUUCCAUGAGACAUCUGCCCCACUGAUGGUGUCUUGUCCACUGUUUAAUCUCUGGCAUACAGCACACAGCUUGGUGCAUGGUGAGUGCGCAAUAGAUACUUGAUGUAUGGGUGGAUGAGUGGGUAGAUGAUUUGGAUGGGUGGGUAUAUAUUUAGAUUGUCGGGUGGACAGAUGGACGAAUGAAUAGAUAAAUGACAGGUAGAUGAUGAGAUGGAUGGCUGGGUAGAUGUUUGGAUGGUUGGGUGGUGGAUGACUAGGUGAAUGUGUGGGUAGAUGAUUGGAUGGGUGGAUGAGUGGAUGAGUGGAUGGAGGGGUGCACAGGCUGGCUGUAUGUAGUUUUCUGUGGGGAAACGCUGCCUUUGAGCCCUUUGCCUCCAGCUUCACAUGAGUAGAAGUGGUUCUCUGGCAGAGAGGCCUGUGGUUGAAACUUCUCCAUCUUUUUUCAUGAUGUGGCAUAAGAGCAAUUAUUUUUCUAGUGUACAGGGACAACCUGGAAGGGAUUUCUUUCUUUUUUUUUCCCAGAGGUUUUUGCUAUAGAGCAUGUAUGCUCACCUGAGAGACA